CUAGGCUCGGGCAUUUCCGCCUCUUUGUUUUAAACUCCGGACGGAUUUUUUUCCUCCUUUUCGGGGGGACCCGGAGGGAGCGGCACCCCCUCCCCCUCUCCCCCUCCUCGCGCGGCCCCCGCGCGCGGCCCCGCCGAUCGGCGACUCGCAGGUAACUGAUCAGCAAUCUUCCAGUCUUGGUGGCUACUUCAUGAACUGAACUGAUCUGGAGGUUUGGGUACUGCCCAAUGCUUGUGAAGCUGCACAAGAUAUCAUAAGGCUGAGCGAAGUGGUACACUGUCAUCAGUAUUUUUACAAGUAAAAUGAAGAUUAGUUUUUAAAGUUUCCAAAAUGUAGCAUGAGAUUCCAGUCUGUCUGCUAGAAAAUGGAAAAUAAACAAGGGACAGAGGAAAGGAGCAAGGGUGAAGAGCCAGAAUACAAACUAAGACAGACUAACCGGGAUAACAGAGUAAAGCCAGUAGCGUAAAACCCCAAUGAGAAGACAAACUGAAGACAAAGAAAACAUCUAGAAGAGACACCAAAGAUGUUGACCAGAAAGAUUAAGCUUUGGGACAUAAAUGCCCAUAUCACAUGCCGCCUGUGCAAUGGAUACCUAAUUGAUGCUACCACUGUAACGGAGUGUUUGCAUACCUUCUGUAGAAGUUGCCUGGUAAAGUAUUUGGAAGAAAAUAACACUUGUCCUACGUGUAGAAUUGUUAUUCAUCAGAGUCAUCCACUGCAAUAUAUUGGUCAUGACAGGACAAUGCAAGAUAUUGUUUACAAAUUGGUACCAGGCCUCCAAGAAGCGGAAAUGAGGAAACAGAGGGAAUUCUAUCACAAAUUAGGCAUGGAAGUGCCAGGAGACAUCAAAGGAGAGACUUGCUCUGCAAAGCAGCACUUAGACUCACAUCGGAAUGGUGAAACAAAAGCCGAUGACAGUUCAAAUAAAGAAACAUCAGAAGACAAACAAGAAGAGGAUAAUGACUAUCACAGAAGUGAUGAACAGGUAAGCAUCUGCCUGGAAUGCAAUAGCAGCAAAUUACGUGGAUUGAAACGAAAAUGGAUCCGCUGCUCAGCACAGGCAACAGUCUUGCAUCUAAAGAAGUUCAUUGCCAAAAAACUUAAUCUUUCAUCUUUCAAUGAGCUGGAUAUAUUAUGCAAUGAAGAAAUUCUUGGCAAGGACCACACACUCAAGUUUGUAGUUGUUACUAGAUGGAGAUUUAAGAAAGCACCUCUACUGCUACAUUACAGACCCAAAAUGGACUUGCUGUAAGAGAACUUUAGUGUCCUUUGGGACAGAGUUUUUUGCAGAGACUAUCACCAGGCACCUUCUCAGUGCAUCACUUAACUCACAUCACAUGACCCAGUAGAAUUGUUCUGGAGGACCAGUGAUCUCACAGCACACCAUACUUCAGAAUCUUUCUUCUGGGUGACGUGGGAACCAGAUUUCUGAAAGAGAAUAUUUAUACCUUUUUGUACGAAAAAAAAAAAGAAUUCACAACUCAACAAGACACUACCAGCACUAAGUUUACAGAUUAUGAAAACACUUCACAGUUUUAUGUAGCUGAAUAGCAUUCGUCUCUUUGCUGCGAUUUCACAGGACAGAUUAAUAAAUGUAAUAGUGAUAUAACUGUCACUUUCCUGACACCAAAUUACUUUUGCUUGCUUUCCAUGUCUUGAAAAGUGGAAUUAAUUUCCGUAUAUUUUAUGAAUUUGAUUUCAUUGUUUGCCUCAAUAUUUUGGCUUUCAUCCAGUCCUUCCAAAGCCACUGCAGAUCCCUUUUGGUGGUGAUUGACUGUAUUUAUGUUGCCUUUAACUUCCUGAAGACUUAGAAGAUUUUUAUUAAGAUUUUAUUUAAUAGCAUAUCAAUAGGGAAUUCCAUUAAUUUUAUAAUUUAAUCAUGGCAUUAAAGUUUUCAUAUUAAAUAAAAGGAAGAUAAUAGUUCCCCCAGUUUGCCUCUAUAUUUUACUAUAUAGCAUAAAAUAUCAUCAGAUCACUUAACAAGAAUACUCACAAGUGCUUAAUAUGUUACUUGAACUUAUUUUAAGGUAGACGUGUCAUACAGAGUUAGAGCUUGCAGAAAUCUGUUCUUAUCUGGGAGGUAACUUGUUUUAAAAAAUAUAUCACUAGUCAUGAAGACAGUGCAAUAGAAAAUGUUUUCAUUCUUAGAGCUGAGUGUUAUAUAUUGUUUUUAGUUGUUUUAACAGUGGCUUACAGAACAAUUCUAGUUUUCUUUUAAUCAUUUCUAUGGAAAAAGUAUAUAAUGUGUCGAUACCAUAAUUUGUACAUUUGUCCUUUCCCCUGUUCAUUUCACAUAUGUUUUAGUAAUCUGGAGGUAUAAUGGCAUUCUGUUUCUUAUUUAGGGGCCUGAUUUAAUUGAUAGUGUCUUGGGUAGCAACUACCAAAUUGAGUAGUUAAAGCUUCAUUGAGGUCUUGGCUUGAGCUGGUAGUUACCAAGUUUAAAAAAAAAAAAAAAGCCUCCUAAAGGCUGUACCCAGCUACACAAAGAUGAAGUAGAGAGAAAUGAGGCAAUUUCUGUCCAUUUUAGGCCAAACAGGCCUAAAAAGGCCAACAUUUUUACCUGAUUUGCCCACAUGAUUGCCUUCUUUCUUAGCUUUGCCUUGUAUGCAUGUGUACCCAGCCUGCAUUCUCUAUGGUAAAUGUUCAUCUAGAAUGAUUUCUGCAAGCUACACAUUAUGACUGCUGACUGGUAUAGAAAGAGGUUAAAAAGGACUCAGAAUGAAUUCUAGUCAUUCUUGACCAAUAGAAGUUGCUUUUUACUUGAUAAGCUGAAAACUCCAGUCAGUAUAUGGUUUUGUUAAACCCUUUCUUUACUAAAACAUGGGUAUCUUUGGCUUUUUACAGAAUAGCAUCCCCUAUUUGCCAACACACAAACAUUUAUAAAAAUAGUGAUUUGGAGUCUAAGUAAGAGUGAGAGUGGAGCCAUUUACUGAAGUAAUCCCAAUUGAAGUCACCAAACGAACCCCCCACAAGUCUGGUGUGCUUUUGGAUACAUCCCUCCCUCCUUGCUCCCCAUUUUUGUUGUGUUGUGAACUGGAGAAAUCCAAGUUUAAAACAUACCAUGAAUGCCAUCAUCCUCAGAGAACCUGGAGAUCCUGUGCAGUUCACCUUUCUCCCUCAGUGGUAACAGAAACUGAGGUGGGGUCGAGGAGGAGCCUGUGGUUCUAGGGUAUUUGGUCCAGCAUAGUGUCAUUGGCAGUGCUGGCCCUUAGGAGACUAUCUUUCUCAGCAUGUAUAUCUUUGGUGGCGGAGUUCAUGAAUUCAUUUUUGAAGGUAUAAUUGGGCUCCUUCGUACACCUCCUUUUUUUUCCUUCCCAUUUCAUGUUUCAUAUGCAUGAAAUGGAAGGAAUUAAUAAUUAACGCAACUUCAUUCUUAGCUAACAGCUAAUUAAAUCAAUUCAAUCCAUUUGACCAUAAAUUAGGCAAUUAAAACCUAAACACAAAACUUAUUAAUUCAGACUAUUUAAAAUCAGCUUCUUUAUAUAAAUCUAGUUAAGUUCACUUCUGGUAUGGUUUGAACUGUUAACUUACCCAAGCUCAUAGCCUGAUACCCCAUCCAAAUCAGAUUUAUCAUAUGAGGGUUUAAUGAUUAGAUAUGUGUAUAUAUAAUAAAUGUUACCUGUCUACCUCAAAAUAUAUAAUCUGCUGAAGCAUUCUGCAAGACUAGAAAUUACUGCAAUGCCAUUUUAAGCAAAACGUUUAAAACUUGGGUAGUUUCCUGUGUGAUGAAACUGAGAAAGGAUUAAACAGUAUCAACAUGCAAAUUCAGAUUAAAAGUAAUUCACAGUCAGUUGUAACUUGGCUUCAUAACAGUCUGCAUUAUACAUAUUUGUAAGUUUGUAGCUAUCUUUAAAAUCACUUGAAUUUGCUAUGGUGCUAUGUCAAUAUGUUUAAAUAUAGGUAAUCUAUGUAUAGAUAUGUAGGUAAUAUAUGGAAGCCAGUAUUAACAUCUCUAACUGGUUAUUGAUUAUUAAUUAUUGUGUUUAACUCUGCUUUUGUAAGUGUGUUAACCCGAUAAAACCUCAGUGGCAAAAGUACCUAUUUUUAUAAAAUUGCAUCAUGUCAAAAUCUCUUCACAACAGGACUAUUUUCCUUGGGGAGUUUUCUGCUCCAUUUGGCUUAGCUUAUUGUAGCUUUCUCUACUAAGAGGGACUGUGCCUAAGUAAAUGUCACCGGCAGAGGGAAGCCUCAAAGUCAGAUCCUGCUUCCUUCCCUUCUAUGGAGCUUCAAAAAACAUUUCAUUCAAGGCGGAAUUGUUUAAAAUGUGCAUUUUUGCCCCCAGAAUGAAAGCCAGGCUCACUUUGUGUUUGGAUAAUCAUUCAGAUUUGUUCAGUACUUUCAUGCAGGUGGAGUUACUGUGAAGUAGUUUUCACCACUAUUUAGCUGGUCAAACAGUUGCAGCUCAAUUAUCUUGUUGAAUUAUCUUCAGCAGCAGUGAGACGGAUUCCCCAGGCAUUAGUCUCACUAGAUAGAGUUUUCAUUGAAAAUAGAGAAUUCAGAUAGAAUAUAUAAUAUUGAAUUUAAGAUUUGGGGGGUUUAAAAAAAAAGAAAACUUAACUUUAUAAAAUUAUUUAUUCUAUUUUAAGCCUUCUAUCAUAAUUUGCCAUCCAAAUAUUUUGUUUUCCGUGGUCCAGCUUUAUUUACGGGCAUAUAAAAUGAAAUUGUGAGAUGUUUUACAAGCUUCUUUUUACCUUGAGUAGCUUUUGAUUUGUAUGUUUUUGUUUAUGUGGAUGAAGAGCAUGACUUCUGCUUCUGUGCAAUAGGUUCAAACGUGCAUUUAUUAGACCUAUGUUGGAAUGGCAAUGUAGCAUCUACUCACUGCUGAACUGAAAGGUAAUUAAUUGUAGGUGGGAUUUUAAAGUGUGUACAUCCAGCUACUUGGGUUUGCUUUUUCAUGUUUUAUUUCUUUUUCUGAUUGUAAGAAUGACAUUAUGAGAUUAAAAUAGUGCGUGUGUACGUGUGUGUGUGUGUGUGCACAUGCACGUGUGAAAGAACUACCUGUCAGCAAUAUUUAAAAAUAAAUGAUUAGGCAAGAAACCUUAA